AUGUCGCACAUCACAGAGCACCCGUCGCGGGCGAAGCGAAGAAAGCUCGAUGAACCAGAGGCAGAGAAGCCAGCUGUCACAUCAAAUAUCAAGAAUCCAUCCCAGCUACGUGAACUGUUAGCUGUCCAGCAAAAUGCUCCGCUGGCGAAGCAAGGCAUCAACAAGUUCAAAGAAUUCCUCCUGUCGAUAGGCCAAGCAGAGAAUGAAGCUGCCAAGGUGGAGAAGUUGCGCGUCCUCAAGAAUUAUUGCGAUAAGCAAAUCACCAAUUCCGGCAAGGAGGAUGAGACUUCAGUCUGUUUCCCAGAUUUGAUUGCCUCCUGGGCGUUUGCAGACGGAAACAACAACGAACCUUUGUUAACAGGUGUACCAUCUGUUCUGGCGCUUUUCUUUAAGACAAUCUCCUCGGAGCUGGAAUUCCGAGAAUUCGGAAUCGCACUGUGCAAGCAUCUUCUGCAGAAAGAUCAGCUGCGAUUGUUCAAUCGCGGUCUCACAGCAACCAAGUCUAAGGAGCAUUUGAUCUCACCAUGUCUGCGUUUGCUUACGGAGAUGGUCACUUUCGAUGGAGGAGCCGUGGCACGCCAGUUAUAUCUCCGGCGUUACAUUACCUUCAAGCGAUUAGAGGUAUUCUUAACUCCUAACAAGAUGCAGGAGGGCCCAGAUGGAGAAUCGAAGAAGUCGACUCUCAGACGGAACGCUCAGACAUACUUGCUUGCGAACCUGAGACUCCAACAUGCUUCCGAGAAGGGCGAUAUCAUCGAACAGCAUAAAAUUACCAGAUCUUUCCUCGAAUAUAUCCGCAAAGAUUCUCGGGAGACAGUGCUGGAGAUUAUCAAGGCUAUUGAGCGGGACGUGGUGCAAGAUGCCAAUCUCUCGCGCAAGUCUAAGAGCAAGUUCUUUAACCGCCAAAAUUUGGAGCGCCUGGUGACCCUGUAUGGAUAUGACCGAGAAUCAGAGGAAGCGAACCCUGACGGCAUUGUGAUUGCCAAUGAGAUUCACCGGGUCAUGAUGAAUGUCUGCAAGACUGCCGGGCUUGGUGUUCUCUUACCGGAAACAGGCUGGUACCCGGUCGGAACUGACCCAGAGACUUUGCCUACCGACGACGAUGCGUGCAUUGAGUUGGGCCUUGAUUCGCCCGUUUAUGUCGACAAAUACAGAGACUCCGUUCCGGUGAGGAACGGGUCUCUUUCCUUUCUUAUCCAGUGUCUCCGGCCAGAUCAGGAUAGUCUGCAGAUUGAGUUGCUCGUCACAAUAUUCAAGGUCGCACCUGAGUUGAUUGCGGAUUUCUUCUCGCGAAAGACUAUGUUCAUUUCAGACCCCAAGGCCACCCCCUCAUGGAUGGCUGAGUCGGCUUUCCUCUUCUCAACUGUGCAGCUGCCUGUUCCUGCGAACUGCGGUUGGAAGGAGAAGCAGCCCAUCCUGCCACCGCCGGUUUCCAUCGUUAUCGAAAAUAUCCUUCCUCGUCCCCUCAGCCAGAAGAUCAUGACCCGCUGUCUUAACCAGAAUGCGGAAAUCAUCACGUUGUUCGCCGUUCGAAUUCUGACUGUCGCUUUUGCUAAACUGCGAGCCGUUCUCAAAGUCUUCCAGGCCGACCAUGGCCAAGGCCAACUCUUCUGGAACCAGGCUUCCGCUAAGCUUCUCGCGGAGUUCUCUCGCCGAUGCCCGGCAGUCAAGGAUGUUGUAGUUCUCUUUCGCCGAACAGAGAAGGAAGACUUGACACAACAGGAGGCUGUUGCCGAGCUCUUGACCUGCUAUUACGAGGUGAUGCCUGAUAUUGCCCUCGAGGAGAACUUUGACGUGUCGCUGGUUUUGGUCGACUUACUCAAGAGACUAGAAGCCUCGGAUGUCAGCGCAGACGACUCAGAAUCGCUUAUGAGUCAACUGCAGAGUAUUCUUCAGAUCGCACAGCAAUCAGCUUCACUGCGUUGGUGGCAAAAGCCAGCAAACAUGCAAUACUCCCCAUUCACCUCUAUUCUGAAGGUCCUUAUGGAUACUUCGGACAAAAAUUCUUCGCGGCGUAUCUCUAGUUUGCUCAAGACUGUACUGGUUGAGAACUCCAUUUUGCAGAGCUCCCCCCACGCAUUUACAUCUAUCCUAUCCAGUCUUGAGAACUCUGAGUCUGACGCCUUGCACCAGCAGUUGAUAUUCUUUGACAACUGUGUCUCUCGCGUUGCAAAGAAGCCUGUUCACUAUCUCGAUCUGCUUCAAUCAUUGUCCUCGGAUUCUGGAACUACUAGCGCGCUCGUGGCUGUCAUCGUUGAGCAAUGGCCGUUUGUCGUCAAAGCUGGAGAUGCGUCUGUCGAAACUGCCGUUGGAUCUUGGAUCGCCAGUCUUCUCGGAAACCUGAAGCAGGCGGGUGAAAGCACCAAGACACUGAAGGCUGCUCGCGAUGCAUUGAUCGAGGCAACUGAGACUAAAAAGACUAAAUCUCUGUUUAAGAAGUCGCUCAAGGAGGCGGAUGACGUCGACGCAGAAGACAAAAUGGAUAUUGACUCCGGAUCAGCUGUGCCUACGACCAAUAAGGUCUCCGCAAUUGAUCUUGAUGAGAUCUUCGGAUUCCUGCCCACCGAAGGCACCACCCACAACGCUCUUAACAAAUGGGAAAGAGAAGAAAUUGAAGAAGCAGUGGACCAGGGCCACAUCGGCGAACUCAUGCUCUGCCUAUGCUCCGAACACGAAGAAGUCCGCAGGCAGGCAUUUGCCAAUCUCGUCCGCUUCAUGGCCAAGCUCAAGGAGUCCAAGUACGAAGAAUGGCGCACGGUGUUCACCUUGACCGGAGAACUCCUCGAAACAGUCAACAACAUCGGCAUGGAAAAGCCCGUUCCCUGGAUCGUCGGCGAAUGUGCCUCGAACUGCCUGGCCGUUCUCACAAACCCCCUCCACAAAGUCUACGGCAAAGUCAACAAGUUCCUUCAAAAAGCUCCAGUAUGGGAAGUUGAGAAGAUCCCCACAUACUGGGUCGAUAAGAUCCUGCUCCACGAACCCGAGCUGGACGAUGGCUAUUUCGAUGAGAUCGACUGGCUACUGAGUCUAUUCGUUAAGGCUCUCCGCACCGAAGCUGAUAUGGAAGUAUACCGACGCGCCAAUGUCUUCGAGCGUGUCCUUUCCCUCUACCAAUCACCCACACUCGGCCCAGCGGCUCGACGAAAGAUCCUACACAUUGUCUACCGUGCUGCCCAGGUCGGCGGCAGUACGACCCUGAUUACCCGUUCUGGUGUUAUCAGCUGGAUCCAAAUUCAGGCUGCUGAAGCUGAAGAGAAGGAGCAUGCCCAGCUGGCCGCUUUGGCUCGUGCUUUGUACGAGAAGUGUGAUCGGGAGCGAGUUGAUGCGUGGAGCAAUGGGACGUUGGGGCGUGUCAUUGAUGAUCUUCAGGUGUAA